CUCUCUUAAAUCGACCCCUUAAGUUCUCUUUCUUGAAAACCGUUAAACGUCAAAACCUUACGAUUAAACAGAGCUUUUCCUCAAUCUCCAGUAUUUGCCCCCUUUUCGAUUGGAAAGUCUCCAACUUUCUCUCGGCGAUGGGGAAGAACCAAGGCUACAAGGCUAUGCAGAGAGCCAGAGUCGGCUCUAGCUCCGGCUCCGCCGCGCCCGAUGAGAUCGAAGACGGCAUGGUGGAUGGUUCAUAUCAUACACCAGAGUGGCAUGCUGCUCGUUUGGCUGGUCUCCAGACCACGCACACCAUUACUUGGGAAGAAUACAAGAAGAAGCAAAAGGACGAAGAGUUGAAGAAGGGGGAACUUGAAGCAGAUACUGAUAAACUGAUGCGUGAGUAUAGAGCUCAGCUGGAUGCUGAAAGGGCAAUGAAGCUCUCUAAGGGAAGGAACUAUUCCAGCGAUAAAUCCAGAAAAGAUAGGAAGGAGAGAGAUGUCACUGAUAGAAAGGACAGAGACUCGAGGAGAAAGAAAAGCAAAAAGAGAAAGCGUUCGAGAAGGCAUUCAUCUGACUCGAGCUCCUCCUCAAGCUCAUCCUCCGAGUCAUCAAGCAGCGACGAAGAGGAGUCUAGAAGGUCAAGGUCGAGUUCAAAAAGAUCCAAAAGGGAGAAGAAACACAAAUCUAAAAGCAGACACUCGAGGAAAAGCAAAGAUGAAGAUGAAGAUGAUGGUCCAGUGCCUUUAUCGAAAUUCUUUGGCAAUCUUAAGAAGAGUUGACCACACUUGAAGACUUGAGAGACUUGUGUUGUUUAAUCAAAUACUCAAUUUGUAUUUCAGCAAUCUUGACACAAUGAAAAACUAUUUCUUGAGAUGAUUUAAACUUUAUAAAGUC